UGGAGACCUAGAGUCCAACACACUAUCACCUUCCUUCCUUCCUUUCUCAACUUCUACUUUGCAAAAAUUAACCAUCCUUUUCUUUUCCACCAAAAAUGGAUUCCAAGCAAACUGUGCGUCCCAACACCAUCCGACCUAACCAACACAAUGAUGAUGAAGAGAACCAACGCCAACAAGUUGAGGAGAAUAUAGAAGACCUUUUCGACUACACGACUCGAGCUCAGUGGUUACGAGCCGCUGUCCUAGGAGCCAAUGACGGGCUUGUUUCCACCGCAUCCCUCAUGAUGGGAAUUGGUGCGGUUAAACAAGAUGUCAAGGCCAUGAUCCUUACGGGUUUCGCCGGCUUAGUUGCUGGGGCUUGUAGCAUGGCCAUAGGCGAGUUUGUCUCUGUAUACUCUCAGCUAGAUAUUGAGAUUGCUCAUAGGAAGAGGGAAAAAAUAAGAGAAAUAAUAGAAAAGGUUGAUGAGGAGAAGGAGGCGUUGCCUAACCCUUUACAAGCGGCAUUAGCCUCUGCCCUAGCGUUUUCGGUGGGGGCUUUAGUGCCGCUGCUGGCUGCUUCCUUUAUAACGGAGUAUAAGGUGAGGGUUGGGGUAGUCGUGGCGGCCGUGACGUUGGCUUUGGCGGGUUUUGGAUGGUUGGGGGCUGUCCUAGGAGGAGCACCAGUUGUAAGGGCUUCAUUUAGGGUUUUAGUGGGUGGUUGGCUUGCUAUGGCUGUUACGUUUGGUUUGACUAAGUUGAUGGGGUCAACUGGGUUCUAAGUUAACGAAAAUAAUGUUUUUUUUUUCCUUUUUUAAAUAAUUUAUAGUAGGUUCUACAGAAAUAUAGUGCCCUAGGGAAAAACAAAUUAUAUUGGCUAGGAUAAUCACAAGUUGAAUCUUUGUAAGCCAAUAACGCCAAGUUAUUGUAUGAAUUGGACAAAUAUGUAAGCAUAGUGUGUGUAGUUAUUUAACUUUGUUUAAGUAUUUUCAGUUAUAUGUGCAACAACUUUGGUUGUUAUUCAA